AUGGCUGAUGCCCAAGAGAGCCGGGCUCAGACAGUGAAAGCUGCAAUGUGGGUUAUGACCGCAGUCUCCAUAAUAUUCGUUUCUCUCCGUCUAUAUGUGAGACUCUUCCUUCGGCAUCUUUUCGGCUGGGAUGACUUUAUUAUCAUUGUGGCGACUGGUUUUCUUAUUGCGUAUACCGUUGUAUGCCACAUCGCUGCGGAUCUAGGACUUGGGAGUCAUCUUGUUUCAGUCGAAAAAUACCCUCAGAAUCUCAUCACCGCGGCCUUGUUAUGUGAUAUUGGCGAAAGUAUGGCAAUUAUGGCCUGCACCCUAGGGAAAACAUCAUUUGCCUUGACGCUCUUACGCAUCGUGGUUCAUAGGUGGAUGGUUUUCACCCUAUGGUUUGUGAUCAUAACUAUGAACAUAGUUAAUAUUCUCGCGGCCUUGUUCGUCUUUCUUCAAUGCAAAGACCCUCGGCAUCUUUGGGAUGCUUCGAUUCCAUCGGAAUGCUGGCCUUCGUCCGUCUUUACCCACUUUUCGCUAUUCGUGGGCGCAUAUUCUGGAGCUCAGGAUUUUGUGCUUGCUCUUCUCCCCUGGACAAUCGUUUGGAGUUUACAGAUGAAGAGAAAAGAAAAAGUCGGUAUUGCAGUUGCAAUGAGUCUGGGCAUAUUUGCUGGUGCUGCUGCCAUUGUCAAAACAACCUAUUUGGUGGCACUCUCUGCCAAGGCCGACUUCACAUGGGAAAUCGCUCCAUUACUUUGGUGGGCUGCUAUCGAAGACGGAUUAGCCAUUACUGCGGCCUCAAUCCCAGCCCUGAAGCCCUUGCUAUCGAAAGUAUUCCCUAGUUCAUCGGCCGGCGAAAGUGACGAGAGCUAUAAGAUGCUCAACCUUCCUGUCUCUCCAUCCAAACGAAAAAUAUAUGACAACUACGAAGGGGCAACUGUGACUGACAUUGGGCACUUGACCGAUAAUGAUGGGGAAAGCCAAACGACGAUACUGGACUUAUCACCUUUUGCUAAAAAGGAGGAAGCUAUCAAAAUGAGGACUGAAGUGUCGGUUACUUACAAUCAGCAACCAUGA